AAAGCAGGGCUUUGACAGUCGCCUGCAGGCUGGGCCUCUCCCCUCUCCCUCAGGGUGCUUCGCUUGUGAGCCUGAUUUAACGGAAACGGUGGCCUGAGAAGUUCCUUGUGACACUCUAAUCCGAGCUUGCUGACCUGACCACACCUCCAAAGGAGGCAGCCUCCAGAGCGCCAGAACAAUUCUGGCAGGCAGCGUGUAGCCCCAAGAAACUGCUGUCAGUGUCACUGCAAUCCUGACUUCCUUGGCUGCUGGGGGCAGGCCACCUGGAGAGGCCAGGGCAGAGCAAACAGGUUCUUUCUUUCCUGUCAGUGUCUUCAAGAGACAAUAUGUCAGAGGGGGUGGGCACAUUCCGGAUGGUCCCCGAAGAGGAGCAGGAGCUCCGGGCACAGCUGGAGCAGCUCACAACCAAGGACCAUGGUCCUGUCUUUGGCCCCUGCAGCCAGCUGCCCCGCCACACUUUGCAAAAGGCCAAGGAUGAGCUGAAUGAAAAGGAGGAGACCCGGGACGAGGUGGUGAGGGAGCUACAGGAGCUGAUACAGGCACAGGCUGCUUCUGGGGAGGAGCUGGCCCUGGCGGUGGCUGAGAGGGUACAGGCCAGGGACAAUGCCUUCCUCUUGCGCUUCAUCCGUGCCCGUAAGUUCGACGUGGGCCGUGCUUAUGAGCUGCUUAAAGGCUAUGUGAACUUCCGGCUCCAGUACCCCGAGCUCUUCGAUAGCCUAUCCAUGGAGGCCAUCCGCUGCACCAUCGAGGCAGGUUACCCCGGCGUCCUUUCCAGCCGCGACAAGUAUGGCCGAGUGGUUAUGGUCUUCAACAUUGAGAACUGGCACUGUGAAGAAGUCACCUUUGAUGAGAUCUUGCAGGCAUAUUGUUUCAUUUUGGAGAAACUGCUGGAGAACGAGGAAACCCAAAUCAAUGGCUUCUGCAUUGUUGAGAAUUUUAAGGGCUUUACCAUGCAGCAGGCAGCUGGGCUCCGCCCGUCGGAUCUCAAGAAGAUGGUGGACAUGCUCCAGGAUUCAUUCCCAGCCAGGUUCAAAGCUAUCCACUUCAUCCACCAGCCGUGGUACUUCACCACCACCUACAAUGUGGUCAAGCCCUUCCUGAAGAACAAGUUGCUACAGAGGGUCUUUGUUCAUGGCGAUGACCUCGAAGGCUUCUUCCAGGAGAUUGAUGAGGACAUCUUGCCUGCUGACUUUGGGGGUACACUGCCCAAGUACGAUGGCAAGGUUGUUGCGGAGCAGCUCUUUGGCCCGAGGGUCGAAUUUGAGAACACAGCCUUGUGAGGAGAUGCCCUGUUGUAGGACCUGUCCUAGCACCCUGGCCCUUCCUCGGCAUUCCUGAACCCAAGACUGGGAACAGGAAUGCCUGACGUGACUGCUGUCCCCAGGCCUCCCUAGGCUUAGGAACGCUCUAUUGGCACCUCAUCCCAAACUGACAUAGAGGGUAGUGAGGCAAGGGAAUGCCUUUAAACAGACGACCUGUGGGGCAAUUAUAGUCCCACCUGCCUGUGCAGUUAUAGGGCGGUGGCUUUGAGAGUAGCGAGAUUUCAAAGACUAAUUAGGCUCCUCCAUGACUUCCUUUGUAAUCGCUUUGAUACUUAGGAUGUGUAAGGCUGAGAUAAAAGCCCACUCACAAUUCAGUACAAAGAAGAAAGAGGGGGACAGGGAGCCCAAAUGGUUUGAUGAACACAGAUGCUGUAAGCAGAUAAGGGGUUUCCCACCCAGGAUUCCAGGGAGGGAGCAGCAGCCUUGGAACAGUUGCAUCUGGAGAUGAUCUGCUGAUGAGUGCACUAGUAGCUCGGAGCUCUGGGCUCUUUCCAGGGUGGAGGUCAUGUCCCUCCCUCUCCAUCUUAGGUCUGAUCCUUGGGGGUGCUCCCACUAGAUGGUCCUUGCCUUGUUGGAUGGUUUUACUUAACUGUAUAUUUGAUAUCUUCUCAGAGCUCUCUCGGUCCUCAUUAGACAAAUAAAACCUU